AUGGAGGCAACCUUUACUCUAACGCUCAUAGAAGCUGUGUUGAUUUUGCUGGCUAUAGCAAUUUCUAAAGCUAUCACAUUAAUCUCUCCACUUGAUCCUAGUCGUAAAAAUGCUGUUGAUUCGAUUCCCUCGAUUUCUUCUCCUUCUCAAAUCAUUGAUGCUCCUCCUCCUGCAAUCAAGUAUGAAGUGUUUCUUAGCUUUAGAGGGGAAGACACUCGUGACACUUUCUCAAGUUAUCUCUAUGAGGCACUUCGCCAAGCAGGCAUUCAUAUUUUUAUGGAUCACAAGCUCGACAAAGGAGACCAUAUCUCACCAAUCCUUCUUAAAACAAUAGAGGAAUCAGAGAUAUCUUUGAUCAUUUUCUCUGAAGAUUAUGCAUCUUCAACAUGGUGUAUGGAUGAACUCGUUCAUAUUAUGAAAUGUAAGGAUAAGUACGGAAGGUUUGUUGUCCCAAUUUUCUACAAUGUAGAUCCAUCAAAUAUUCGGAAACAGGAUGGGAGAUUUGGAGAUGGAUUUGCUAAGCUCAUGCAGAGAUCUAAGCACGACCAAAACAGAGUACAGGAGUGGGAAAAUGCUUUGAUCAAAUCAGCAAGUCUAUCUGGGUGGGAUUCAAAGAAUUUCAGGCCUGAACCCGAACUUGUCAAAAAGAUUGUCAAAGAUGUUUUGAGCAAACUGAAUCGCAAGUCAUCCUUUCAUGUGGAUGGAUUAGUUGGGAUUGAUCAUCAGAUACAGAAAGUUGAAGAGCUGCUAGGUGAAGCUCGCAUUGUGGGAAUAUGGGGUAUGGGUGGUAUAGGCAAGACCACUCUUGCUAGAGCUGUCUUUGAGAGGUUGACAGUUGAUUUUGAAGCUUUCCACUUUGUUGAAGAUGUCAGACAAAAGCUGGCAAAGAAUAGAUCGAAAUGUCUCAAAGAAUGCCUCAAAAAGUUAUUAGAUGACGACGAUAUUAACCCUUACAAUUAA